AUGGCCGAUGCGCACAUGAUCGCGUAUGAUGUGGUUGUGGAGGACGGGCUGUUGGUGCAGAGCUGUGCCUUUCAGCUCAUGUGGGAGGCCCUCCAGCCGCCGCUGUGUCUGUGGAGUCGUGUGCAGCUGAAGCACCGACAGAUCUGCGAUCGCCUCCCAGAAGAGCAACGGUACAAGGUGUGUAGUGUAGGCCUCAUUGCUCCUCUUCUUGUUGUGCUUACUUGA